CGCCGUUUCCCCGCGAGCGCGGUCUCCUGACGUCACCUCGCCACUGACGCUUGCGAGACCUGUGGUGUUGGGUGUCUGUGCUCUUCCUCCGGAGUGCGUCUCUGAGAGGAAAACAGACCUUUUCCUACUACUAGCAAGAGCAGCUUGGACGGGUUGGAGAGGACUCCUCUCCCUCAAACCUGUAGCCUUAUCGUUCCUGGCCACGCCCCGGGAGACCCGGACCGGUGCCUGACGCUCCGCGAGGAAGAAGAGGCGACACAGGUGAUGGCGGAGAUCGGUGAGGGAAGCGAGAAGUCGCCCCAGCUGUCGGAGGAGGCGGGCGUCCCCGGCGACCCCACGGACUGUGGCCGUGCUUCCCAGGCCCGAGUUAACGGGGCUCUCGAUCGCGCCGAGUCCGAGGUCGGGCGACAGGAGGCGCCGCCUUCCAUUGGGGGGCUAGACGCAGCCGCAGAGUUGGUGGCCACCGACCGCAAAACUGGCGCUCCGGGUGGGGAGGAGGUCCUGGAAACCUGCGGCGCAGAGAGAUCCGCGUCUGAGGUGACGGGGAAAGGGAAGGGCGAGAAAGCAAAGGCUGAAAAGUGCGCCAUCACCUCUGUUGCGGUGGAAGAAGAGGUGGGGUCUGAAGUGGUGAUGGCGGAGAGCGUGGAGGAGGAGGCUGUGGAGGCGGCAGUGGAGAAGGAAGUGCCAGUAGGUGAGGAAAUGGAAGUGGCCAAGGAAGAUAAAGUCACAGGGACGGUGAAGGAGGCAAGGCCCUGGCCCCUAAAUAUGAAUCUGCGCAUGGAUCCUUUGGAAGCCAUCCAGCUGGAACUGGACACUGUGAAUGCUCAGGCGGACAGGGCCUUCCAACAGCUGGAGCAGAAGUUCGGGCGGAUGCGUCGACAUUACCUGGAGCGAAGGAACUACAUCAUUCAGAGUAUCCCGGGCUUCUGGAUGACCGCCUUUAGGAACCACCCCCAGCUGUCUCACAUGGUUAGGGGCCAAGAUGCAGACAUGUUAAGGUAUGUAACUAAUUUGGAGGUGAAGGAACUCAGACAUCCUAGAACGGGCUGCAAAUUCAAGUUCUUCUUUAGAAGAAAUCCCUACUUCAGAAACAAGCUGAUCGUCAAGGAGUAUGAGGUCAGAUCCUCCGGGCGAGUGGUGUCUCUUUCCACUCCAAUCAUAUGGCGUAGGGGACGUGAACCCCAGACCUUCAUUCGCAGAAACCAAGACCUCAUCUGCAGCUUCUUUACCUGGUUUUCAGACCACAGUCUUCCAGAGUCUGACAGAAUUGCGGAGAUUAUCAAAGAGGAUCUGUGGCCAAAUCCACUGCAAUACUACCUGUUGCAUGAAGGAGUCCGCAGAGCCAGGCGUCGACCAGUAAGAGAGCCAGUCGAGAUCCCCAGGCCCUUCGGUUUCCAAUCCGGUUAACUUCUACUUUAGGGAAUACUCCUGCACAAAUGCCACUACCGCCUCAUGCUGGAUUUAAGCUUAGGCAAAAGCAACGGUAUGCUUUUCUUUUUCUUUUGGUUGAACUCUGUAUCCUCUCUCUUCUGGAUAUUCAGUUCUUUCAACUUCAAGAUUGAGACUGUUAUGGACAUACUUCUUAACUAAUACUUGGCUUCCAUGCUCUUCUGUGUUAAUAUCCGAUGCUGCAUGACAAUAGUUCACACUACUUCCAAGACAAGCCAGUGAUGAUGUAGGUUGCAUUACCUUUACACUGCGUAGACCCUGUUUUUCUGAGAGCCUCUGAUUUUACUGCCACUUGGAUUUCUAGCUUUCUGUCUAGGAGCCCAUUCUGCUCCUCCUGCUUUGCAUCCAGCAGUUUAGGAGCUCGGUACUGGGCUUUAAUGAUGUCAAGGGAGAGUAACAGUGGACCAGUUUUUCUGUGAUUUAUGCUACUUCAUAACUUUUCCUGUACCACUUGUUACCUUCUAAUGUUGCUUGCUAUUUGCGAUGCCAACUCCUUUGAGUGUUGCCAACAACUCUGUCUCCCACAUUAACGUUUUUCUCCUAUUAUAAAGAAAAAACUUUAAAAAAAUAGUUUAGAAACAUCAGAAAAAGUAGGCUUUUUUGUUUUGGCUCUUAUUUCCAGAGUAGAGAGGUUACCAUAAGUCAGUAGACUUAGAGAUCUGAUUUUCCUCUCUCCUUCCUUCACAACUCCUCAUACUCUAACAAGUGUAGAGGGCUUAAAGGGAGGCAUAUUUAGUUGGAAAGAAGGGCAAAUUACUUUACAAUCAAUAGAACAGACUAUGAUGGGUGCUCUAAAUAGGGGAAACUGAACAAAAGGUUAGAGGCAGAAAGGAGCCAGGUAAAAAUUGGGUUGAGAAUGAAGACUGGGCUGACAGAGCUAGCAGUCUUAUUCUAUCAGUGGUAAUGGGAGGAGAUAUUUUCUCAGGUUUGAAAUAGAAAAAUUGCAGGAAUUUUGGAGUGUUAAAUAUGUUGCUUAGGAAAGGGUUCUUUAAAGAAACAGUGCAAUUUUGAAUGCUUUUCUCGUUUAUGUGAAUUGACGUACAUGGAAGAUUAAUAUUCUGCUGUUAUUUCAUUAAUACUUGUUAUUUUCUGUUAAUGCUUGCUGGGAAAAUUCAGCUAUAUAGCUUUUUUUUUUGCUUUUUUUUUAGCUUUCACUUGGGAACAUUUGGAAAUAAUUGUACUUUCCUGUACGGUAUUGAGACUUAAGUGAAUAUUCCUGAGUUUUCAGGUUCUCUUUUCUGUUAAGCUGUAUUUGUAGUAGUGUAGUUUGGAUGACGUGGUCUUUAUCAGACUUGUGAAGUUAUUGUCUUCAUGGAAAAGUAAUUCACAAAAAAUACGUGGCUUGAUUGAUUUUCUUGAUAAUUUGUUCUGGUAACAACUUAGUGGAUGUGUCUCUUUAAUUGCAUUAAGUACUUGUGAGAUUACUAUGUUAAAUUAGAAAUGUACUAUUGGCAUAUUUGUCUUUUUUUUAUAUUUAUGAUGGUAGAAUAAAAGCAUGUCACUCUGCUAGA